CGCCGCCAUGUUGCCGCGGUGCUGGGCCGGGCUGGCUGGCAGGGUCGUCCCGGUGGUUCCCAGUGCCAUGCUGCCGUGGUGCUGGGCCGUGCUGGGCGGCCGGUCCCCGUGGAGGCCGGCCCUCUCCCUCCUGAGCCCGGUGCCGCUGCCGGGGAGGGGCAGGCAGCCGUCUUUCUCCACCACCUGCGUGAGGUGUUCAAACAGGCGGCUGAGGCAAAAAAGAAUCAUUUCGGAAAGGAAACUAACACGCUACUUCGUGGAUCACCGGAAAGUGCGUGUUGUUGGAGGACAUGGAGGAGGAGGAGGUCAUUCCUUUUAUAGUGAACCCAGAAAAAUAUUUGGAGGUCCUGAUGGUGGAAAUGGAGGUGAUGGGGGUCAUGUCAUUUUGAAAGCUGACCGGCAAAUGAAAUCCCUUUCUGCAGUCCUCCCCUUCUAUCAGGGGUUUCAUGGUGAGAGAGGAGGAAGCAAAAACUGUUAUGGAGCUAAUGGUGCCUACAUGUAUGUUAAAGUCCCUGUAGGUACAUUGGUUAUGGAGGAGGGGAAAGUUGUGGCUGACCUCACUCAACAUGGUCAGGAGUAUGUUGCAGCUUAUGGUGGAGCUGGAGGGAAAGGUAAUCGCUUCUUUCUUUCCAAUGAAAACCGAGCUCCAACCUUGUUUACUCCAGGAGAGCCAGGUCAGGAGAGAGUCCUCCAUUUGGAACUCAAGACAACAGCUCAUGCAGGAUUGGUGGGCUUUCCCAAUGCUGGCAAAUCAUCCCUUCUGAGAGCCAUCUCCCGUGCAAGGCCAGCAGUGGCUGCCUACCCCUUCACAACCCUGAACCCCCAUGUUGGCAUUGUCCAGUAUCAAGACUAUGAACAAGUGUCAGUUGCUGAUAUUCCUGGCCUAAUAAAGGGUGCUCAUCAAAACAGGGGCCUCGGGAUGGCCUUCCUAAGGCACAUUGAACGCUGCUGCUUCCUCUUGUAUGUGGUGGAUCUCUCUGUGUCUCAGCCAUGGACUCAGCUGCAAGACUUAAAAUAUGAACUGGAGCAAUAUAAGAAAGGAUUGUCUGAGAGGCCCUCUGUUGUCAUUGGGAAUAAGAUUGACCUCCCUCAGUCCAGGAUCAAUCUGCCACUCCUGACAGAACAGGUAGAUGAGCAGGUCAUUGCGUUGUCUGCAUUGACAGGAGACAACCUCGAGGAACUGUUUUUGCACUUGAGAGAAAUGUAUGACAGCCACGUGAAGAAAGAACAGUCACGGGGCCAAAGGCCUGUCAAGUGGUAGGAACCAGAGCUGCUGUGAGCUGUGCUGGAAGGAGGGAAACAGAAUUUGAUUAGAUUGCAUCUGUGUGGGUUUGAGGUUUGUAUGGUUGGGAUGGUUUUUUAAACACAAGAGGCACAGCAUGUGGAUUUGUUCUGGACUGCUACAUUGGAAAAGUCUUUUUGUUUAUUUGCUCACCUUUUGAGGGGUCUCAGGUGUUCUACAACAACAUUGGAAAGUUGUGGUUGUGAUUGCUGUUAAAUUGGAAACCUGGAUCUUGUUUGUCAGUUAAUUAUGGACUGAAGAGAAUACUACCUCAUGGAAAUGACUGAAGUUCAGGAUCUGCAGGAGAUGCUGGCUUGCAGUGGAGUGAACUCAAUUUUCCUCAUCAGAAAUUCUAAAAUAAAAGUGCAGUGGUCCCACAUUGAUCUGUUUUUGUACUGUAACCACUUUCAGUUGUUUGCUCUGGAACUCCUGGGCUUAUGUAUUCCAAAUAAAAGAAAGAUGCAGCUCCCUUA